AUGACUACAAGAGCCAAAGCUGGGGUAUAUAAACCAAAGGUGCAUAUCACCUCUAAAGAUCCUUUAACAGUUGAAAAAGCUCUUUCCAAACUAGAAUGGCAUAAUGCAAUGGCUGCUAAGUUGCUUGCUUUAAAAAAUAAUAGAACUUGGUCUCUUGUGGAGCUGCCCAAGGGCAGAAAAGCUAGAGGUUGCAGAUGGGUAUUCAAACUUAAAGAGAACCUCGAUGGAACUAUUGACAAAUAUAAGGCACGAUUGGUUGCCAAGGGGUUUCGUCAACAAUAUGGCUUUGAUUUCACAGAAACUUUCAGCCUGGUUGUUAGGCCAACAACAAUUCGAGUUAUUCUAACUAUUGCUCUUUCUCGAUAG